AUGUCGCUCCUUCAGACCCUCUUCCGGCCAUCCUUUUCCAGUUCCCUGCGGCUCCAAUCGACGUGCAGAAGAUACGCAAGUACCUCUGGUGCAUCAGGGUCCUCAAUAACUGGCGAGAAACCCAAGGAGAAAGCACCAGCCGGACAAGGCAAGAAAGCAGGUUCUGAACCCGUACCGCCACCCCCACGGUCCUCAUGUGCUCCAGACACCGUGCUACCGGGUGUGAACUACCUGAAAGGUCAACCGCCUGUGGUCGCACUUGCGGACGAUGCGUACCCGGAAUGGCUCUGGAGCAUCCUCAAGCCACGCGUGUACGAGGAUGAUGGCCCUGGUGGCAAGAAGGAACGUGUAGAACGGAGGAGGGCGAAUAAACAAGCCAUCAAAGACCGGAACUUCAUGCAGACGCAAUAG